AUGUCUCCUCGUCCAACUCUGCUUCGCCCCCCACACCGACAACUAACACUGACCGCACUCCUAAACCCACUUCCUACUCCUCCACCGCUUCAACAUCCGCUGCGGCGGCCCCUGUACCCACCACUAUUGCACACACUCCUGACGCACCAACAGACAUCAACCUCCCCAGAGUCAGGACCCGCGAUACAGACUCGAUCCCUACCUGUCAUAAUAGCGACUGCACCCUUACCACACAUCGGCCUGGUCGGUCACUUGCGAAUCCGUCGCACAGAGACUGGCGAACCAGUGCCUGAAGCACCAACAUACACCCACCGCAUUCGCCUCCACUAUCGACAUUGCCCCCGCACAUUCACUCACCGCAUGGAUUUAGUCGGUCACAUGCGCAUCCACGAGGACGAAAUUGGCUGCGGUCUCGACACGCCCAGCACCUCCUGCACAUCCACCAUGCCUAGCUCAACCCACGCUCCGCCGCCCGGCACGCCCACUGUCAUUAGCCCCGACACAUUCAGCACAUCUUGGACACCCACCAUGUCCAGCCCAACACAUACGCCGUCGUCCAGCUCGUCCACUAUCAACAGCAUCAUCACUGCCACCAUCUCCGCGACCAAAAAUGACACCGCCGACUUCUCCUGUCGCCACUGUCGCCGUACAUUCAUCUCACGCAUUGGCCUGGUCGGUUACUUGCGAAUCCUCGCACAGAUCCCGGCAAACUAG